AUGGUUCAUGAUUCCCCUGGAGCACUUGAGACUAGUGGUGACCACACACUUCCCGUUAUAAAUAAACUGACCCGAGUGCAACUGCUGCAAAGAGCCCAGUGGCUUCGGGCUGCCAUUUUAGGAGCUAAUGACGGGUUACUAUCCACAACAUCUCUAAUGAUGGGUGUUGGUGCAGCCCAAGAAGGGCAAUGGUUCAUGAUUCUUUCAGGUGUAGCUGGGGCCAUUGCUGGUGCAUGCAGCAUGGCAGUUGGUGAAUUUGUUUCGGUUUCAACACAAAGAGAUAUUGAGCUUGCUGUUAAUCAACAACGCCUAUCAAAAGAAGGCUCAACUUUGCAAGAAAUCAAACUUGAAAUCCCGAAAGCUGAUCAACCCAAUGAUGAAUAUAAACCGAAAUCUCCUGUGGUGAAGGUGAUACUAACAGAUACACUUGAAAAGAUUAUAGAAGAGAGGAAAGAACCGUUAUCCAAUCCUUUUAAGGCCGGAGCUGCUUCUGCAUUGGCUUUUCUUUGUGGUUCUUUGUUCCCAUUGGCAGCGGCUAUGUCAGUUAGCGAUUAUAAUGCUAGAAUUGUGGCAGUGGUUCUGGUAACAUCUUUUGCACUAGCUUUGUUUGGCGGGCUGGGGGCAGUUGUGGGUGGGUCUUGCGUGAGGGCAUCUGCUGUUCGGGUCCUGGUGGGAGGGUGGAUUUCCAUGGCUGUUACUUAUGGUUUAUUAAAGCCAUUGGAUAGUAUUACAGAUAAGAAAAUGGGUGGAAAUGAAUGA